CGACGUCACUUCCGCCCCAGUCCUGCUCUUUGAGUUCCCUGCUGCUUCGCUUUCUCUUUCUGGAUGUCACUUCCGGCUCAUAACAAAACAAGGCUCCAGGAAGGAGGAAGCGGGAGAGAGAGGCGGAAUUGGGGGAGCUGGAGUCUGAGGACCUGGAUGGAUGAGUGCAGCCCAAGGUGGCUGGAGCUGUGACAUGGUACAGCCAGGCAGUUGCCCCAACAGUGGUUGCAGCAUGAUGGGGGAUGAUUCCUCUCUUGGCAAAGAUAGCCCUCUUCAUUUGCCAGCUGAGCUGGCUGGACAUGAAGCUGUGCAGCAUUUCCUGGCUGAGAACAGAGACUUGAAAGAAGCCAUCCGCCAGAGUAACCACAUGCUUCGGGAGCGUUACCGAGAGUUCCUGCAAUUCCAGGCUUCCCACAAGGAGGAGAAGGAAUUCCUCAUGCGCAAGUUCCAGGAGGCUCGACUGCUGGUAGAAAAUUUGCACUCAGAACGGACAGGGCUGAAAAAACAGCUGGAGCAGGCUGCCCAGGAGGUGGAACAACUAAAGAAGCAGCUGGCAGCUUCUCAGUCAUAUCCCUCAGAGAAAGAGGCCUCUGGAGCACAAGAUGACCAAGACACUGUGACCAUUACUGAAGAAAAGAACAUACUUGCUGUGGCCCUUGAAUCAACGCAGCAAAAAAGGGGACAAUUGGAAGAAGAUCUGAAGGUGCUCCAGGAAGCCAAUCAAGUUUUACAGAAAGAAAAGCUAGCCUUGCAAGCUGAGAUCUCUGCAUUGAAACAAGCAGCACAGACCACAUUGUCCACAGAAGACUGUGGAAUAAAAAUUAAAGAGAAUGGGCUUCGAGAAGAGCGGCCCCUGGAGUUGGAGUGCCUGCAGGGCUCAGGGGAUAGAAAGGGUUCUGGUGAGGACCAGGCUGAACAUCUGUCCAAAAAGCUGAAGGAAGCAGAGGAUGAGCGUUCAGCCCUUCAUCAACAGCUGGCAUUGGCCCAGAAGGAGUUGGCCCGCCUGGCAUCCCAAGAGCAGGAGACCCAGCAGAAGCUGCAAACACUGAACAAGCAGUUGGAGCAGUUUGGAGAAGACAGGGCCUCGGUAAAGGCCCAGGUGACUUCCCUGCUGGGGGAGUUGCUGGAAAGUCAAAGCCGCCUGGAAAUUUCCAUGAAGGAAAAGAAAGAGCAGGAGGAGAGGGUCCAUGAGGCUAGUGCACGACUCCAGCAGCUUGAAAGAGAGGCUGAAGACCGUACCAAACAGCACAGCGUGCAGGUGGAUCAGUUACGGCUGCAGGUGCAAAACCUAGAAAGCGCCCUACGGGUGGAACGGCAGAGCGGCAAAGAGGAAAAGAGAAAGCUAGCCCAGCUCCAAGUGGCCUAUCACGAGCUCUUCCGGGAGUAUGAUACUCAUAUCAAAACCAGUGUGGAAAGUGAGAAGCGGAGCAAGGGCUUGGACCUGCAGCUUACUGAAUUGUCUCAGCAACUACAGGAGGCUGAGGAGGCUCUGGUGGCCAAGCAGGAGCUGAUUGACAAGCUGAAAGAGGAGGCUGAACACCACAAAGCUAUCAUGGAGACGGUCCCUGUCCUCAAGGCACAAGCUGAUAUUUAUAAGACAGACUUCCUGGCAGAACGUCAGGCUCGCGAAAAGCUACAUGAACAGCGAGAGGCCCUGUUGGAGCAACUUGCACAAUUGCAACGAGAUUAUGAGAAACUGAAAGCAGACUCUGAGGGGGCUAGCCGGGCUCUUAUGGAAGAGAUGAGGAAUCGCCAUUCAGAUAUGCGCCCAACUCCUCCACUACCAGAUUACCCAAUGGGAUGGAAUGGAACACCCCUAGUGAUGGCAGGUCAAAGACAAAGCUUUGCUGAAGAACAGCCUAACUACUGUUGUCCUAAAUGCCAGUACAAAGCUCCAGACAUGGACACACUACAGAUCCAUGUCAUGGACUGCAUCCAGUGACAUGAAGGAAGGAGAGUUCUAGUCUAUGAUGUCCUUUUGCUGUAUUGCCUUAAGCAGGACCAAGCGGUUCAGCUACUGACACUUGACUGUAGAGCAAAGAUCAUGGACUGUUUGCUCGUGCCCAUGUAUGCUAUUAAUUUUUCCUCCUAUGAGAAUGGUUGAGCCUGCUACUGUUCUUCAGGGCCUGGCUACCAUAGCCAUGGGAAAAGGGGAUUUGCACUAUUCUUGGUUUAUGUGAAACAAGUGUUUGAUCUGUGGUAUGUCAGGGACACAUGGGAUUGGGCCACCCCUUUUGGGUAACAAGCACUGAUUAUUUAUCUGCCAGUAGCUCUCUCUAUAGUGGUGAUAAGAACCUUCUUCUACAUGAAGACUACUAGUUCUUUCUCAUAUGUGCCUCCCUGCUCACAGGAAGAACACCCCAGGCUGCCCUAACAGUGCCUUAAACAUUUCUUCAGCCAAGCUGUGAUAAGGAAAACCACACAAAAGGGUGGGAACAAGUUUUUUUCUUUCUGCUUUUUAAGAGCUGUUCCCAAUUGAAACUGCUUAUUGUUUAUCCUUCUUUGAUAUCAAGAGUCACUGUAAAUCUCAUUUAUCUUAAGUGAAUUAAAGCAAAGUUCAAGAACA